CGCGUUUAUGGCAAACAAACGAUCUCUUAAGAAACGCGAAAUCGAGGAAGAAGCGGCAGAGAUCGUAACGAAUCUCUGAUUGCGAUGGGGAAAGGUCCCUUAUCGUUCCGCCGACUCUCGAGCAUCCGUCGCCGGAAGAAAGGCUCAUCGGUGAAGGAUGAUCCUAACCACUCGUCCAAUCCUUCGUCGUCUCCGCCUCCUCCUUCGCCGAUCAACGCGGGGGGAUCGGUCGCGGCGGGUGGGAAGGUGAAGAAGAAAGCGGGAGGAGCGAGGAUGUGGAUGAGGUUUGAUCGGACUGGCGCGAUGGAAGUGGUGGAAUGCGAUAAGAGCACGAUUAUUAAACGAUCUUCGGUUCCAGCUAGGGAUUUGAGGAUUCUUGGACCUGUGUUCUCUCACUCUUCCAAUAUUCUCGCGAGGGAGAAGGCUAUUGUUGUUAACUUAGAGGUUAUAAAGGCGAUAGUUACAGCAGAAGAAGUGCUUAUCUUGGAUCCACUCCGUCCUGAAGUUCUACCAUUCAUCGACCGGCUUAAGCAACAGUUUCCUCAGAGGAAUAAUGCACUUGAAGCUACUCCAAAUGUGCAGGCUUUACUUGAUCCAGAAGCUGGAGAAGGGCUGCAGAAUGAGCUUCCUUUUGAGUUUCAGGUCCUUGAGAUGGCUCUUGAGGCUGUCUGCUCUAUCGUUGAUAGCAGUGUGGCAUCACUUGAGACAGAUGCUUGGCCUGUUCUUGAUGAACUUACCAAGAAUGUCAGUACUGAGAAUCUUGAAUAUGUUCGAAGCUUGAAGAGUAAUCUCACUCGCUUGCUAGCCCGUGUCCAAAAGGUGAGAGAUGAACUCGAACAUCUGUUAGAUGACAAUGAAGACAUGUCAGACUUAUACCUAACAAGGAAAUGGAACCAGAACCAGCAAGCUGAAGCAAUGCUUGAAGGGACAGUAUCUGUUCUCCCACCACACAACACAUCAAAUCUCCACCGUCUCACAUCAAACAGAAGCGCGAGCAUGAUGACAAGCAACAUGGAUGAAGACGAUGUGGAGGAUCUUGAGAUGUUGCUGGAAGCAUACUUCAUGCAACUAGAGGGGAUGAGAAACAAGAUUCUUACCGUGAGGGAAUACAUCGACGACACGGAAGACUACGUGAACAUACAGCUUGACAAUCAACGUAACCAGCUGAUCCAGCUGCAGCUGAUUCUGACCAUGGCCUCGUUUGCGAUAAGCGCAGAGACGUUGUUGGCCAGCUUGUUCGGGAUGAACAUACCGUGUCCGUUGUAUAACAUUAACGGCAUCUUCUGGUACUUCGUGUGGAGUAUCACUGCGUUUUGCUUUGUGCUUUUCAUGGUUGUUCUUGGUUACGCCAGGUGGAAGAAGCUUCUUGGGUCAUAAUCUCUCUCUCUCUUUAUGGUCACUAAUGUAAUAAAACCUCGUAAGACAUUUUUAGUGAUUAAUAAAAGUUUUAAUUUGGCUAGAGAUA